AUGGGCGAUAAACGGAAACGGAGCCAGCUCCCAGCUGAAGAUGAUGCGGUUGAAGUUACGGAGGUGAGGCAGAAGAAAUCCAAAAAUAGCGAUAAGGAGAGGAAAAUAGAUAAAUCGAAGAAGGAGAGGAAGGAGAAGAGGGAAAAGAGAGAAAAAAAGGAAAAGGAGAAGGAGAAGAAGGAGAAGAAGGAGAAGAAGGAGAAGAAGGAGAAGAAGGAGAAGAAGGAGAAGAAGGAGAACCAGGACAACGAAGUUCAGGAUGAUGUAGAAGUUAACGGCAAUUACCUGGAUGUUGAGAUGAAUUUGGCAAACGGUGCUGCGGAAGACGAUGUGGAGAAAAAGGUGAAGGAGAAGAAAGCAAAGGAUGGCGGCGAAACAGCGGAAGAGGAAAGGGAUAAGAAGAGAAAAGAGAGGAAGAAGAAUAGAAAAAGUAUAAAGGACAAGCAAAACGUGGAAGGGGACCGCGAGGAGAAAGAGGAGCAUGAAAACUCGGCAGAACAAUUAGGGAGCCAACGGGAGCAAAAGAAGGAAAAGAAGCGGAAUAAAGAUAAGGAUAAGAAAAAUAAAAUGGGAACAGCACUUACCAACAGGCAUGGGGAAAUUACCGAAGAAACGCCUGUGGUUGAAACCGAUGUUGCUGCGGAGAAUGGCGUUGAUGAAAAUAUCGACGGUGCCAACGGACAUGACGGAGAAAAGAAAAACCUGAGAUUGAUCGCAUUCAUCGGUAACCUGCCUUUCCAUACAACCCUAGAAGCCGUGCAAAAACACUUCUCAAAAAUCGAACCCAACGAUAUUCGGCUCCCUAGCGAAAAAGGUGGGAAGAAGGGCCGUGGCUUUGCAUUCAUCGAAUUCGACCGUUACGAUCGCAUGAAGACGUGUUUAAAGCUGUACCACCACUCUUUAUUCGACGAUGGCAAGAACCCUGCCAGGAAAAUCAACGUUGAGUUAACUGCUGGUGGAGGUGGCUCGAAAUCCGAAACUCGUAAAGCGCGCAUCGUUGAGAAGAAUACGAAGCUCUCCGAGCAACGUGCUCGCGCUGCGAAGGAAGCUCAGAAACAGAAAAAGAACCCCAACAUUACUCAGCCGGGUGGCGAUUCAGAAGCUGUGCCAGUUAAAAACGAUAUGGACGAUUCACAACCGCUACUACCUUUCCCACUUUGUCUCGAGUCCUUCAUGGCUCAUCACACUAUGACCAGAUUGUUUGACAUUCUGGAACAAGCAACCCCAUCUAAUAUCACAUCUAACCACGAAGCCUUGGUUGGCCCGCACUCGGCCCCGAGACCUAGGCAAGUUUGUAUUUACCAAACGCUAUCUAAUACUCCUUCGGAACCAUGCGUCCGGGGUACACAUUAUCUCCUUCCCGAAGCGUGCCGCCAUCUCUAUCAGGGCUCCAUUCUAAUAUGCAUUGCGAUAUUCCACCAAGUGUACGCACUACAUUCCAUCUCAGCUAUCGACACCUCCAACGGCACCUCUUUCGGACGUCCCCCUUUCUCUCUGAGGCUUUCGAGAACUACAACCAGUAAUAUACACACGGUCUCCGCCAUUACGAAAUGGAAUCUGGAACUACAAUUGCCACGACGCAAAACUCCGGACAAGAAAUGGCAUAUACGACUAGUGGUUUAG